AUGGUGAGAAGGAAAUGGACGCCGUGUGAUGAUGAGGUUGUGAUAAGUGCAUGGCUUAACACUUCAAAGGACCCUAUUGUCGGCAAUUCUAUGAAGCUACGGACCUUCUGGAAACGCGUCGAUGAGUUCUUUGCAGCAACGAUGAAUGAGAAGAUAGAGAAUGUUCAUUGUAAGCAGAGGUGGCACCGAAUAAAUGAUCAGACGAACAAGUUUUGUGUUGCAUUCGCUGCUGCAGAGAGACAAGCAACCAGCGGUCAGUGUGACAGAGACAUGUUAAAGCGUGCUCAUGAAAUCUUCUACUCUAAUCAGGGACAGAAGUUCACCCUCGAGCACGCGUGGUGUGUCCUGCGCUAUGAACAAAAGUGGAUAAGCCUGAACACACCUACGCCGGCCGGUUCAAAGAGAAAGAGUGGUGAGACCAGUUCCCAAACUGAAAGCGCACAUGUCGUUGAGGACAGCUCCGAAACUCCAAAGCGUCCUGAAGGUAUCAAGGCUGCGAAAGCAAGCAGGAACAAUAGAAAAGGAAAAGAUAUUGAGGACUAUAAGACCAUUAUGGAGGGGAAGAUGGAAGAACUCGAUAAGAAGGAGAAACUGUCGAAGCUGGCGAUAUUGGAUACUCUACUAGCUAAGAAGGAUCCACUAAGUGAGAGUGAAGAAACUGUUAAGAACAAGCUGUUGGCCCAACUCUUCUAG